AUGUCUAUCUUACACACAAACACACACACUAUCUAUCUAUCUAUCUAUCAUAAGCACUUCUCUGUCUCGCCCUAUCUCCGUCUUUCUCAAUAUCUAUCUAUCUAUCUAUCUAUCUCUCUCUGUCUGUCUCACUUCUCUGUAUCGAUGCCUAUCUUACACACAAACACACACACACUCUAUCUAUCUAUCUAUCUAUGUCACUUGGUUCAUCUAUCUAUCUAUCUAUCUAUAUAUCUAUGUCACUUGGUUCAUCUAUCUAUCUAUCUAUCUAUCUAUCUCAAGGGCUUCUCUCACUCAAUCUGCCAUUCACUAUCGAACUUUCGCUCCCUAUUUCAGUCCAUUGAUAUCUAUCUAUCUAUCUAUCUAUCUAUCUAUGUUUCAUUCUCUUCAUAUCUAUCUAACUAUCUAUCUACCUUUCUAUCAAUCUAUCUAAAUCCAUUGAUAUCUAUCUAUCUAUCUAUCUAUCUAUCUAUCUAUCUAUCUAUCUAUCUCUCUCUCUCUCUAUAUAUAUAUAUAUAUAUAUCAAGCACUUCUCUGAAUCGAUGUCUAUCUUACACACAAACACACACUCUCUCUCUCUCUCUAUCUAUCUAUCAUAAGCACUUCUCUGUCUCGCCCUAUCUCCGUCUUUCUCAAUAUCUAUCUAUCUAUCUAUCUAUCUAUCUCUCACUUCUCUGUAUCGAUCUCUAUCUUACACACAAACACACACUCUCUCUAUCCAUACAUCUAUCUAUCAUAUGUACUUCCUUGCCCAAACCUAUCUCCCCCUCUCUCAAUAUCUAUCUAUCUAUCUAUCUAUCUAUCUAUCUAUCUAUCUAUCUAUCUAUCUAUCACAGUCUCUUCGUAUCUAUCUAUCUAUCUAUCUAUCUAUCUAUCUAUCUAUCUAGCCUUUUAGCUUAG